UCUGUCACAUAAACAAACCCCUUCUUGCACGGCUCUGUGGACCUUUAACAACUAACGUAGGCGGUAUUAGUGUUAUUACACAGCUAAUUUGAAUGCUGACAGAAAUACUUUAGUCAAAAGAAGAUGUCCCCAUUUAUGAAAAGUUCAUUAUAGUAGUUGAGUCUGCUGAGAGUGACCUGAUGUUAUUUGCAUGCUGCAUUUCUAACCCACCAAACCCAUCACUCACCUGCAUGGCCACUCAGUUCUGCUUAGCCCAUUCUUUAGAAGUGAGAACUGUUUGCCCUUCCAUGCAUGUUGUGCUGUGAAUGAGGCGUCAUGACUGAAGACAGGGAUAACCCUGUGGCACUGUCAUCUAUGAAACCAUGCCAGGACCUGUUGGGCUGUGGACAAGACCUAGAGAGCCUGCGUGCUGACUGGGAAGUGGCAAAAUCGAGAACACGACAGGCUCAUGAAGCGCUCAGUGCGGAGCUUAGAUGGCUACGAGAACAAGCAGAGAGAGAGCAGCAAAGAGCUGUGAGGGAGCUGACGGCCAGGCGAGGAGACCAAAAGGACAGAAACUAUAACAGACACAGGUAUCUUCUGGCUAAAGAGGUGGACACUGAAAGCAGUAAACGGCACAGUAGCAUUGUCUCCACACGGAAAAAGGCUUUUUGUUUUUGCAGCAGACAGACGUAUACAAAGCUGGAGCACUUACUGCUAACGCUGUAUACAAAGAUAAACAGUGAGCAGGCAGCUUAUAAAUUGCAUCACAGGCAGGAAUUUGAGCUAGAAAAGGCCAUCUUCCUUUGCCACCUGCUAGAAGCUCAUGGAAGACUGUUGCAGGGGGCGCAGAAAGCGGGACCCCUCAGGCAUGUUUUCAAAAGCCUGUCAAGGAAGCCAUCUCAGGAAGACAGCAGUAAAUACUGUCAGACGACCCCCCUCCUAACCCACCACAGGAGCUUGCUACAGAGACCCCAUAGCACCUCCCACUCACCAAAAAGCAAAACCGAACAAGAUCAGUGGAAGCAGCCUUCAAACAGGAACUUAUGUCCAGCUGACCCCUGUGCCACUCCUACAGUCUUGGACACCUGUCAGAACAGAUCUCUGAAUAUUUGCCACUCUCUCAAUAGUCCCCAUGCAGGCUGGGACGACCAGCCGUCGUUCUGCACUGAGUCUUCUGGAUCUGAGGAGUCCUCGCCGUCCAAAUGUAUGAAAAGAAACAUGGAGAGAGUGAUGUACGACUUGUGCACUUGGCCUGAGCAGCCCGAGCCCACGCCGGCAAACAGAGAAAUGGAGAGCCGCGAAGAGGCGAAAGCUUUCGGGGCACAACAGCCGGAGUUGAGGGGGUCGGUGGAGCAACAUGAUAAGCAACAUGGGCUCUCAGACAAGGCAGCCCCAACGACAGCUAAUGUCACUACAACAUCACUGUUAGGAAAGAGGCACCACUCACCUUACGCAAACCUCAGUGGCUUAGAAAUGGAAGGGAUACAUAAAAAUGGUACUGACUACGGGUUCCUGGUGCAUCAGAAUUCUGAACUUCUGCGAGCCCUGGAUGAGCUGGAGAAGACUUGUGCCACACUAAGGGAGGAGAAUGGCCUGCUACGGAAGAGCAGUGCCCCAGAGACUGAGGAGAAGGUCAGGCGGCUGAGGAGAAAGAACACAGAGCUGGCUGUUCUUGCAAAGAGGUUGGAAGAGAGGGCUCGGAAACUGCAGGAGGCCAACCUCAAAGUGGUCAAUUCCCCAUCUUUGAUGAGACCUGGGUCAGUUGAACAGUACAAGAGGGCAUUUGCCCGUCAGCGAGCUCGGGACCUGGCCCAGCACGCCGAUGUACUGCUCUCUAAAGACAAGGAAAUUGCUGCCCUGCAGCAGGAAUGCAGAAAGCUGGAGGCUCGGCUGGGUAUCACUAAGGGCUCCCCUAUUCCAUCUGGUAGAGGGGAAUUUGAGAAGCUUCUUAGGGAGUCUCAGAAGGAGGUGCUGCGGCUGCAAAGGCAGCUGUCGGUCACAUCAUCCAGAAAGCAGCAUGACCAUAUUCCUGACCACGAUGCUGCAGAGAAGAGUGGGGAAAAUGUGAAGGACGAAGGGCGAAAGAAGGUUGUAGGAGAGACCCCGUGUGUGGUAUUAGAUGAAGCUCCCUCCAGGUCUGAGAAAACUCCCGGAGAGGAGGAGUCGGGGCUGCGAGUGACGCCCAUACUGGGCCUUAGCCCGCCCCCCUCCCGUAAGGAGAAAAACACAGAGGACCAGCGUCUACAGUUUCUGGAAAGUGAGCUGAGCAAGAAAAGAAAAGAAUGUGAAAAUCUUGAGCAUGAAGUAAAGAAGCGACAGAAGAGAUGUCUGGAUUUGGAGAGCCAGCUUGAGGAUGAGCAAGGCAAAAAUGAGCAACUAAAGGAGGAGGCAGAUCUCCUCAGGAGGAAGGCACAGCUGCUCGACCAGACUCGGGCUGAGAAUGAAGAGCUGAGGGAAGAUCUCUCUGAAGUGACCGCUCAACGCAAUUCAGUUCUCGAGGAGAACCAGAGACUCCGUGCCAAACUGGAGAACCUAGAGCAGGUCCUAAAGCAUAUGCGAGAGGUCGCCGAGCGAAGGCAGCAGCUGGAAUUGGAACAUGAGCAAGCACUGGCUAUUCUUAAGUUCAAACAGGAUGAAAUCAAAAGGUUACAGCGGGCUCAGUUAUUCGCCAAGAGGGAGCAUGAAGGAGUGGUUCAGAUGCUGGAGGAGUUGACUCAGCUCGUGUUGCGGAGGGAGCUGUCGAAGGUACGAGAGCUGGAGGAGAAAUGUCGAAGCCAGAGCGAACAGUUUGGCCUGCUGUCCCAAGAGUUGGAGAAGUUUCGAAUGCAGGCCUCAAAGGUGGACCUGGCCAGCUCUAGCCUCCUCAACAACCCCACCCUGUCGGUUCUGACCAACGGGGUGGGCCUGACUACAGAGCGAGACUGUACUGGUGGCUCAUGGGAUAUGGUGACUCUAGGUGAAAUAGCCUUUUGGAGUCUCGAGGGAGGUGACACUGUCUCCUGCCCUGAGGGCAAUGACCCACUUGAUGUGGCCACUGCACUACGCAUGGGGGCUACCCCUCACGCUGCAGGGCUAUCCAGGGUGGAGCGAUCGCCUGUCACCAAGCAUCGAGAGCUGCCCACCAUCAGCGUCAGCAAGUCAGGCUCUUCCUCUAGCAAGUCAGAGACCACACACCUCACACCCAAGUCUGACACCCAUGUCAGUCCGCACAAAUCAAGCCCAACUCACGAGGUGGACACAGCCAGUGAAGUAGAGGAGUUGGACAUAGACAUAGCCCCAGCACCUUACCCAGCCAGCAGAGGAGCAGCAAAGCUUCAGGUGUUUAUUGCAAGAUACAGCUAUAAUCCUUAUGAUGGUCCCAAUGACAACCCUGAGGUGGAGCUACCACUCACUGCUGGAGAAUACAUCUAUGUAUAUGGAGACAUGGAUGAUGAUGGCUUCUAUGAAGGUGAACUGAUGGAUGGACGGAGAGGGCUGGUCCCCUCUAACUUUGUGGAACGUGUUUCAGACGACGAUGUCAUGAGCACUCAUCACCCAGAGAUGGUGGACAUGUCCCAUAACUCGCUGAUAGACAGCAGCCUGCACAGUGCCAGCCACCAGCAUCGUCUCCACGUGGGUGUCAGCGCCUCUGCUGCCUCUGGCCCUGCCUCAGCCCCCUCAGAUUCAGCAUCAGCCUUGGCUGUCCCAGCCCCCCUCACCAACGGCCUGGACUUGGACUUGGAAGAGGUGGGAGUGGACAUUGUGCCUUACCCACGUAAGCUCACCCUCAUCAAGCAGCUUGCCAAGAGUAUCAUCAUCGGCUGGGACCCUCCGUUGGUGCCAGCUGGGUGGGGCAAUGUGUGGAGCUAUAAUGUGUAUGUGGACCAGGAGCUGCGGCUCAAUGUGCCCUUCGGUGCCCAGACCAAAGCGGUGCUGGAGCGGCUAGACAUAAACCUCAAGGCCUAUCGUGUGUCGGUGCAAAGCCUGACAGAGAAGGGUCUCUCGGACCAGCUCCGCUGCAGCAUGCUGGUCGGUCGGGACGUUUCCGUGGCGCCCACGCAACUGCGCGUGGAGAGGAUCACCGCUACCAAUGCCAACCUGACCUGGCUGCCCAGCAACAGUAACUAUGUGCACAUUGUGUCCUUGAAUGACGAGGAGUGUGAGCUGGUGAAGGCUGGCUGUUACUCGCUGUGCCUCAAUAACCUAUUGCCCAGCCUGCAGUACACCGUCAAAGUGGAGGCACGGCCGCACCGCACGCCAUGGGAGUUACCCGUGGAGCGACGUGAACACAGAAGCGCAACGAUCACCUUCACCACACUGAUGGCAGGCCCCCCCGAUGCUCCUCUGGAUGUUCAGCUGGAGCAUGGUCCAUCUCCUGGAAUUGCUCUCAUCAGCUGGCUACCAGUCACUAUAGAUGCUGCAGGGACCUCCAACGGAGUCCGUGUAACCGGAUACACUAUAUAUGCUGACAAAAAGAAGGUGCUUGAGGUGUCUUCCCCAACAGCUGGUAGUGCCCUCCUGGGUCCCUCUCAGAUCCACUCCCUGCUGGCAGCUUACGAGCUCACCGUCCGAACCACAUCCGCCCAUGGGGAGUCCUGUGACUCUCUGCCAGUUAAUGUGCCCUCAAAGCUGGCUGCCAUCAUGACAGGCCCGGCUGUCACUGCCCCAGUUGUGCCACCUCUGCCCUGUACUCCACUAGGUCCCAGUAACCUGCCCCCUUCACCAUCCUAUGAAAACUCUGCUGCCAAAGUGUCCACGCUGCCCAGUUCUUUGCCAUCAGAGAUACAUAUCACUGGCCUCACAGUAGAGGCUGCUGCCAACUCGCCUUCUGCCCUCCGCUCAGAAGAACUCUCGUCUUCCUCAUACGUGAAGGCCUGGGCCAACCCUUCAUCUGCUGCUGCCUUGGCUGUUAGCGAGGCCACAUUAUCUGUAGCCUCCACCGUUACCCCAGUGGUUAAUGUGACCUCCCCAGCCACCUUAGCACCUCAGCCAUCUCCAGUAGCGUCACCAGCACCUGCUCAGGCUCCAUCAGUGGCAGCAGCAGCACCAGUGUUGGAGCAGCACAGAGACACUGACAGCCCUGGAACUAUACGUCCAUUCCCAUCUAUCACAGAGUUCAUCGAGGACCUCGGUGCCAAGCUUGGGACCCCUGAGCGUAUCCCUACCCCACCCAAAGCCCCGAUUACAGAUCUCCUUAACCCUCAGGACACUAACCUCAUCCGUCCCCCCAGCACUUCUCCUCUGGAGUCAGAGGUAGAGGAGGAGCAUGAAAAUACCCGCUUGGUGUCCAUCGAGGAGUUCCUGACACAGGACCAAGAGCCAGUGUACUGCAGCAGGCAACAGAGUUAUGUCAGAGGGAUUGUUGAACCUCCCAGUGACUACCAUGCAGACAACAGCCGCUCAGAUCUGUCAGACAUCCUGGAGGAAGAGGAAGAGGACCUUUACUCUGACCACCUCUGUGAAGUACAGGCAAGGGGAUGCACAGUUGGAGCUAACAGGGAGGUCAGCCAGAUCCCUUCAGCUGAAGCAGGUCCAUCAUGGAGAGGCCAAGCAGAGCUUUCCUGUAAACCAGCAUGCUUGCAGGCUAGGAAUCUCAAAGGUGGUGUGGAAUCACCAAAGACGAAAGGAGACAGUGACAUACGCAUCUUUGUGGCCCUCUUUUCAUAUGACCCUGCCAGUAUGUCACCCAAUCCUGACGCUGCUGAGGAGGAGCUUCCCUUCAGUGAAGGACAAAUCAUCAAAGUUUAUGGAGAUAAAGAUGCAGACGGGUUCUAUCGAGGAGAGUCAGGUGGUCGUCUGGGCUAUGUGCCUUGUAACAUGGUGUCUGAGAUCCAAGUGGAGGAUGAGGAGACCCGGCAGCAGCUGCUGCAGCAGGGCUUCUUGUCCACAGCAGCUUCCAUGGAGAAGAUAGGCACUCGCACACACGCACAGCUUCCACGUCGCCCCGUUCCACCGCCGAAACCGAGACGAUCCAAGAAAGUCAAGUCUGCAGACUUCUGCGAGGAGAGUGUAAACUCCUCCAGUCGAGCUGAGCAUGAUGCUGAGCGAGUCGAAUAUCCCAGCCAGGUAGAUCCCUCAGCCACCGCAGCUGUGGGGAAGCCAGCCCCAGGAGCCCGCAGAAUGGUCGCCAUCUUUGAUUAUGACCCACGAGAGAGCUCCCCCAACACUGACAUAGAGGCCGAGCUGACCUUCAGUGCUGGAGAUAUCAUACAUGUAUUUGGUGACAUGGAUGAAGAUGGCUUCUUCUACGGUGACUUAAAUGGCCACAGAGGCCUCGUCCCCUCCAACUUCCUGCAGGCCUUCCCAGAUGAUGCUCCUGUGCAGCCUGCACCUGAACCCAGGAAAGAAUCACAGGAUGCUUGGACGUCUUCCACAGAGCCACAGGAAUCUGGGCCAUCAACACUAGAAGAAUCUUUGCCCCCUCAGACUGAACCUGCUUGCCCCGCCAUGACAGAGCACACAAAUCUACAACCCCAACUGGCACCCACUGCAAGCCCCACGUCAGACCUGGACCCUGCUCUGGGCCCGGCUGUAGUGAAGGCCUCAGACCCCCGUCCCGUGGACAGCCCUCCACAGGCCGAAUCUUUUGUGCAAGGAAAGAAGAAAAAAGGUUUUUUCUCCAGAGGCAAGAAGCUGUUCAAAAAGCUGGGAUCCAACAAGAAAGAAUGACAAACUUUGGACAUCUGACACACAACACUUGUGUCACAUUAAAAGCACUUUUUCUGUAACUGUAAUUCUCAGUUGGUAGUCGGUGCGGUUAGCAGCUAUCAGAUCUAAUAAUUGAUGCUUUAACUGUCAGUAGUUCUACAUUUGCCUUAGAGCACUGCUAGACCAGCUGUUGAAUAUAGAAUACCCUAAAACACCCAGCGGCAUCACAAGAGCAUGUAUAGAUGCAUGUUGAAGUGAGCAAGUACUUCCUAAUAAUCUGAGCAUUUGCAAAAUUUCAACUCAUUGGAGGCUUUAAAGCAGUUUGCAAUCUCCCCUAGGACUGACUUUAUUUAGAACAGUCAAUACGGAACAGAGCAGACGUCAUCCCAACUCAGAGACGGCUAAUGAAGUGUUAGCUUUAACGUUCAUGUACUGGUGCCACUUUAUUUAUUAUUUGAAACAAACAGAAAGAGGCAGCACGCCAUCUCUUCGUCUGUGUCAUUAUUAAGAAUGCUAUCCUGAAUGGAUGCUUCUCUCGCGUGAUACUUCUCUUUAAGAGUAUUUAUACAUUACUUUGUACAGAACGUGAUAUUUAUUUGUAUCGGGCUCCUGCCCUAACUGUGGUCACACCGCAUGAAGUGGCAUCGGGGCAUAAAAUUAGAGGUUUAGAGCUGUCGGAGACAGCAAGGAUCCACUUUGGUAUGUGUAGUUUAGGGCUAAGACAUCGUGGCGUUUGUGGUUAACAGUCCUGACUGUUUGUUGGCGUUCAAUGUAAAGAAUGUGAAGAGUUCUCCUUCUUUGGCACGUGUGUGUGUGUGUGUGUGUGUGUAGAUGAAGCCACACAGUUGCUGGUGAGACUGAAAACAGUUGCCUUUCUCAGACAUUAAUACAGGAACUCUUGAUGGCUGUGUCAACAGUCAUAACUGGCCUAACUGUUACUUGUUUGCCGUCUGUGUGUGAGUGUUAGUGUGCAGAAAUGAGCAGUAGCCCACAGAGCUGCAACUGAAUGAAGUAUUUGUUGAUUAAUCGAUUAAUCAUUUAGUUUAAAACCGGGGGGAUGCCCAUUAGAUCCCUGCAGCUCAGUGCAACUCCAAAAGAAGAGAAGAAGAGUCAGUGAUUAUGUUUGAGAAGCUAAACUAGAAUAAACUCAUGUGUGACCCCUUUCAACCCACAUCCUGCUCUGUGUCUGUGGGACUAACCUGUAUAUGAGGAGGCAGGUGUUUGAAAAAUAAUUAGAUUUUGAAAUUAUUUCCCUGUAUUUGGGGGUUGAGCCAUCACGCCAUGCGUCGUGGCUCAACUGGGUUUUGACACAAACAGCUUCAACAUCUCUGUGUGAAAACGUCAUGAUUAAUCAACAAUUGCUUUACUGUUGCUGCUCUGCUUAAUCUGUAGUCCCAAAUGAAAACUGAAAAUAUUGUAGGUGGUCAUAGAUACUGAGCAGUGUUAGCCUGUGGGGUGCGGUGAUGUUUGAAUGUGGCACACAGAGCAGCACUUUCUUAGAACAGCGUUUAAAAUGAGCAGUUUUCAGUCAUUGCUGUGGUGGCUAGCGGCACUACUGUACUGUGAUAGACUCUGCAAUAAGUUGUUGAUGUGUGUUUAGUUUUGCUGCCUCGUGUAAAUGCAGUCACAUUACUGUAGUCAAUUUGAAUGGUGUUACGUGAUCCCUCUCCAGCCCACACAGCGUUUUUCUGUUCGCACAUUUGCAUCACAAUACUCUCAAAGUUUCUUCAAAAAGUAGAGCUUGAGCAAUGGCGGCUCUUGUGUUUGACUGAAGGAGAACAAACACAGAGCCGUGUUGCACGUGUCUUUGAGCUUCACUCGGCUCAUUUUGAUGCGAACAUGUGGAGCAGAGCUUCAGUGUUCAGUCUGUUAGUCAUUUAACGCACAUGCAGUAAUUCAUUUACUCUGUCUGGUUAGAUCGUGUGUGUGUGUGUGUGUGUGUGUGUGUGUGUGUGUGUGUGUGUGUGUGUGUGUGUGAGAGAGAGAGAGAGAGAGAGAGACACAGGGCUGUUAGGUAACUUCUCAGGUUUUCACACCUUUCCUUUUCCAUGCUGAGCCACCUGUGUGGUUGUUGAAAAAGUAACAGGAGAUGCCAAAAUGUUCGGUGCUUUCCCUGGUUUACUAGCACUGGCUUGAAGGCCCAUGUGGCAGGUGGAUUAAAGGCUCAAGCUGGAGGCACGUUAUUUAUUUUCUUUUUCUUUUCUUUAAUGUGAUGAAUGUUUGAAUUUUGUCAGUGUUAAAAUAAAGGGAACAUGAUGAUGCCAAGAAUUUAAAAAAAAAAAAAAAAAAAAAAAAAAAAGACAGGGGCUGGAUUGACACUUUAGAUGUGAAGUAGCCGGGACUGAGGCAAGAGCGAGGCUGUACUGUUUGAUUUCUUCAUGUUUUUCUUUUCUUUUUCUUUUUUAAGAAUCAAAACAAGGGCAGAUGCUUAACAGUUGCCGAAAUGUACAACAACCAUUUGUACUCGUGUUGGAUUUGACGGCCUUUAAUGCACAAUUAUUUCUCUACCUGCUGUGUAGUAACAUAGGCAUCCCCCUCCCCCCCAUAUGUUGUAGGAUCCCUGUAGGCAGUAUUUUAGCUCAGCUGAUCAUAUUUAGCCUUACACGAAGACCUUGUUUAGUCUUAAUCUGUUGUUUACAGGAUGUUUAUUGACUGCAUGCAUACUAAUGUUACACCGAUGUUUGGCCUUAUUUAUGUUGCUGUCACAUUCUCCGUCUUCACUGGCUCCCUUGUGAAUUGUAGAUGGUGGAUGCAGCGGGAGAUGGAGCUGUAGGAGCUGUCUGUAUAUACUGAACAGUGUUGGGACUAUUUUCAUACAGUGCAGAUUUUUUUUUUUUUUUUAAUCUUUCCUGAGCUGCAUUCAUUCAUUCAUUCAUUUAUUUGUUUGAAACCAGUGUAAGAUUUACCUUUUUAUAUUACAUAUAUAAAUAUAUAUAUAAAUGUUUUUAUUACCCUUUUUUGGAAGGUCGUGUGUAAAUAUUUUCUGUUAAUAUUGUUUUUCAGAUUUUUUUUUUUCUUAUGCAUGCCCAGGCAGUGUUGAUGGAGGAACGGUGUAUAAAGAUGUUAGAACUAAAAGGAUUAAAAUUGUGACGGUUUCUUUCAAUAUGGAUCUUUUUACAGCAAUAAAUUAUGUAUAUUUUCACAGAAAA